AUGUUUGAUAAGAAGAACGUCGACUAUUCCUUGUAUCUGGUGACAGACUCGACGAUGCUACCUGAGGGUACUACGAUUGAGUCGCAAGUCGAAAGCGGUCUUCAAAAUGGUGUAACUUUGGUACAAUUACGUGAAAAGGAUAUAGGGACAGGUGAUUUCGUGGCCAAAGCCCAGAGGAUUAAGAAAUUAUGUGCCCAGUACAACGUUCCUUUGAUUAUCAACGACCGAGUUGAUGUAGCGCUUGCUAUUGAUGCAGACGGUGUGCAUGUGGGUCAGGAUGAUAUGCCCGUUGAACUGGUGCGUAAACUUCUGGGGCCCAGCAAGAUUAUAGGAUGGAGUGUGGGUUAUGAGCACGAAGUUGAGAAGCUUGCAAAAUGGGGGCCCGGGGGUGUUGAUUACAUCGGUAUCGGAAUGGUGUUUUCGACAAACACCAAGAAAAACCCUAAGAAAUCUCCCAUGGGACCUCGCGGAGUUUGUAAUAUCUUGGACGCUUUACAGGAAAACAAGGCAAUCUGGUGCAAAGCUGUCGCAAUUGGUGGCCUUCAUCCAGACAACAUUCCACGUGUUAUGUAUCAGUGUUGCUCUCAGGACGGGUUAAGGACAAUAAAUGGUAUAUCUUUAGUGAGCGACAUUAUGGCCGCAAAAGACGCUGUGUUGGCUACCAAACGCCUUAGGUCGCUCAUAGAGAACCGUAAUUUCAAGUUCACUGAAGGCUCUACAAAGUUUCAGAGUUUGAGUAUGGAAUCUGUCGCGAUCCAGAGUGUAGUAAACUCGAUGAAACAAGGGGCACCUUUGGUACAUCAUAUUACCAAUAAGGUCCAUCAAAACUUUGGGGCCAAUGUCGCGUUGGCUCUCGGUGGUUCGCCUAUCAUGUCGGAAGUUCAAGGAGAAUUUCACGAACUUGCCUUGAUUCCACAUGCAAGUCUUUUAUUGAACACAGGAUCUGUGGCGCCACUCGAAACCACUGUCGCUGCAGUCAAAGCUUACAAUGAGGCUAAACGGCCAGUUGUUCUUGAUCCUGUGGGAUACAGUGCCUCAACGGUGAGAUUGAAUCUGAACAAUCAUUUGCUUGCAAUCGGACAAUACGUGUGCAUCAAGGGAAAUGCUGGCGAGAUUUUGUCUUUGGCCGGUCUCAAUAGAGGAAAAAUGAAGGGCGUCGACGCAGGAGACUUAACGUCUGACAAUGACGUAUUGAUCAAAGCUACAAGGCGCGUGGCAUACUUGUAUAAAACAGCCGCUGUAUGCACUGGCGAAACUGAUUUUGUUGCUGAUGGGUUCAUCAGCGGAGUUAAAAAACUGAGCGAAACUUCGCUAAUGACUGCUGACGAACUUCCUUGUUAUGCAAUUAAUGCAGGACCCUUAGAUAUAAUGGGAAGAAUCACUGCCAGCGGAUGCUCAUUGGGUACCACUAUUUCAACGUGUGUCGGUGGAGUCACAGCAGGACAAAGCAUUUUGAGUGCCGUUUUGACUGCAGUGCUACUGUACAAGUCUGCGGGUUAUGAAGCCCAACAAAAAUGUCACGGCAAUGGUAGCUUCCAAGUUGAGCUCAUUGACGCUCUUUACAGACUUUCCACAGAAAACCAACCUUCUUCAUGGAAGGCAAAGCUUUCCAAGGUUUAG